AUGGCGCAGAGGCCUUUUGCGAAGGGUGUUUUCGUCGAGGGGCGUGUGUCGACGAGGCAUAAUAACGGGCCCUCCUUUACGGGAAGCAUCCCUUUUCACGUUCCAAACCAUUACAGAGUGGUCAAGCGGAUGCCAUACAAGGUGAUCAGGAUACCCAUCUACGAAAAUCUUCCGCACUUCAACAAGGUGCAGUACUCUACUCAGAAACCCUACUGGUCGCAUCCAAUGGUGAUUCCGGUGCCUCGACCUGAAGCGCCCUUCAAACAAAUCGACCUUGCAGCAGCGGAUUUACAGCCUCAGGAGGAUCCGAAGUACAGGAUUAUCUUUCCCUCAGGAUUAUCGCAGUACACCGAAAAACCAUAUGAUUAUGGACAUCGUCCAUCGAUAGACUCAACUCCAUUCAAGGGAUCGCCUAGAAUCAAUUACUACUCCCCGCAACAGAAUCAUCCCAGUGACGAGAGGCAGUAUAAGAAAGGAAGCUCCAAACCAAAAUUGCAAUCCGUAAUUGACAAUUAUUCCAAUCAACAAUAUCCACAAAUUCCAGUGAAUCAGAUGCCAGAACAUACAUAUAAUACUCAAGAAACCUAUCAAAAGCAGCGUGAAUAUAUUAGUGAUGUAGCCGAAACUAGUCGACAUUUACCAUCGCCAGAUCACUUUGUACCGAUUAAUCAACAAGAUAACAGUAAUCAGAACCAGUUUAAAAUCUAUUAUGAACGGCAACACGCGAGUGCAAGUUACGGAAGCAAAGUGCCAAAAUCUAAUCAACCUAGCAUAUUUAAGAAUCAAUACAAAAUUCCGUCUUCAAAAAAUACCCAAACUUCAGGACCAUUUGUCGCAGAUACUAAUCAUUUGCAGUAUAAUAAAAAUGGUAUGAGUUACCAGCAACCUCAAAAGGAAUCGAUUUACAAACAGGAACUUGUUAAUCCAUUCUCAACGAAAGUAACUCAAGCAUCUAAUGUUGAAACCAAUACACAAUUACAGUACAACCAAAAUCAAGUAGAUUUGACUUAUCAGCAACCUCAAGUACAAUCAAAUUACAAACAUGAAAUUAGAACCAACACUCAACUCCAUAAUAAUCUGAACCAACUUGGAGUGAGUUAUCAGCAACAUCAAGUAAAACCAAGUUAUAAACAAGAAAAUACAGUCGCAACUAAGGGAUCUAACUUUGGAACCAAAACUGAAUUUCACAACAAUCAGAACCAAAUUGGAGGGAGUUACCAGCAUCCGCAGGUAGAAUCAAAUUAUAAACAAGAAAUUGCUAGUCCUGUCACAACUAAAACAUCGAAUGUUGGAACCAAUACACAAUACCACAAUAACCAGAUUCACCUUGAAAUGAGUUAUGAACAACCGCAGGUAGAAUUAAAUUUUAAACAAGAAAUUGCUAGUCCUGUAUCAACUAAAACGUCGAACUUUGGAACCAAUACACUAUACCAGUAUGGCCAAACUCAACUUGGACUAAGUUACCAGCAACCAAAGAUAGAACCAAGCUAUAAACAAGAAAUUGCUAGUCCUGUUGCAACUAAACCAUCUAAUGUUGGAACCAAUACGCAAUAUAACUAUAACCAAAAUCAACUUGGACUGGGUUACCAGCAACCACAGGUAGAAUCAAGUUAUAAUCAAGAAAUUGCUAGUUCUGUCAUAACUAAACCAUCGAAUGUUAGAACUAGUACACAUAACCACUACAACCAGAAUCAAGAUGGAAUUAAUUACCAACAGCCUCAAGUAGAAUCAAGCUAUAAACAAGAUAUUACUAGCCCUAUCUCAAAUAUAGACUCUAAAAUUGGAAUCAAUGCACAACGCCACUAUAUACAGAAUCAACUUGGAAUGAAUUAUAAGCAACCUCAGGUCACUACGGGCUACAUAUUCGAUGAACCAAAAUCUCCACAAUCUUACAUCAAUGAAACUCCAUAUAAAUCAGAUAAUGCAAAAAACGGCCUUCGUACUACAUCCAUCAUUGGAAACAAUGUGCAAAUUGGUAAUAACCAAGUUGGAAUGGUAUUCAAGCAACCUCAGGUGAUUGCAGGAUACCAAAUAGAAGAACCACAAAAACCUUACAACGUUGAAAAUCAAUAUAAACAUUUUACCAAGCUGACCGUCGAUGGUGGAAAUCAAAAAGCUCAACAGCAGGUUUAUAAUCAGCAGAAAUUAGGAGCUACUUAUUCGCAGCAUCAAGCAUCUGCGAGUUAUAAAAUAGAAGAGCCAAAAUCCCAAUCCUACAACAUCGGAAAUACAUACGAAAAUGUUUUUACACAAGGAAAUACUGAGACUAAAUUGGAUGGUUACCGUAACAUAUUUACAGGAAAUUAUGACCAACCUCAAGUUAGUGCGAGUUAUAAAAUAGAAGAACCGAAAACUCAAGAAGAAUUUAAUUCUCUAACCGUUUCUUCUGGUUUUGGCGGACAGAUUCAUCAGAAACAACAAACUAAUCAAGAACAGAGUUGGAAACCAUCGAUUACGAAUUACGAGUCGAGUCAAGGAAAUAACUUCCAAAUGCCAAAAUCUAAUGAUCAUAUUUACUAUCAAACUCCUCCAGAAUACCAGACUCAGGCUCCAAUUUUUGACGAGGAGUCAAAAAUGCAAGAAAGUUCGGUGAUUGAUUAUAACCAUCAACCAAAUUUAAAAGAAAAUGUUGAGGAAUAUAGAAAACAGCAGGAAAAUAAUGCAGGUUCUUCGGUUAUUAGUUUAACUCUUGAUACAAACCAGUAUGUGCCUAAUGUAUACCAGCACCAUAACCCUUUGAAUGAAGAAUCUAAUCAACAGUUCAACAAUUUUGGUCAUCAAGCUCAAAUUAAUAAUCUUAUAAGCUCUAACGUUUAUAAGACUGAAAGUGUCUAUAAUUCCAAUUCUAUGAAGUCGGAAGAAUCGGAGGUUCAAAAUUUACAAGAGUUUUCUCCAAUUGUAGCCAAAGAAAUUGAAGAUCAGGUUUAUCAGCAGAAUGAAGGUGGAUCUUACCAAAACCAGGGGUCGAAUGGAAUUCCUGUUUGGGAAGUGAGCGAAAGAUCAACAGAGGAGAACUGGAAAGCUGUUGAUUCACCGAAAGCCGAUACAUUGAGUUGGAAGAGAAAUUCUUACGAUAUGAAUGCUGAGGACUGGUUAAAGAUGAAGGAACAGCAUGACGUAUCUUCUCAUAUGCUGAGGCAAGGAAUGCAUCAAGCGGAAGAGUCCAGGAUGGAUUCAGGUUCAGUUUCACCAGAAGAGAGAGGAACACGCCCAAUGUCGGCGCUGGCCGAAGGGAGGAUGUCGUAUCCAGUCCAUUUCCUUGUGAGUCCACAAAAGGAACAGCUUAAAGGGAACAACAUAAAUUUCGUGCUGCAGGAAAACGUCCCGUUGUCCACUGCCCAGUGA